GAGACUUGCAACUCCUCCACGGUUCUGUUCCACUACGCCACAUUCCUACGUAUUGUGUCAAUACGGAACUGUUGCUUGCUCCUCACUACAACUACAGUAUUCAUACAGUAUCGCGUUUUGCAAUCCCCAUUUCCUCUUGCUCUCUCUGACAGUGUGAUGUUUGGCAAUAGUGGGCAUGUGUUAUAGCUGCCCGCAAAGUAGGCUACACGUCACAUUAAUCUAGAGCACUGAAAAUCGGCGAUAUCAUGGAAGCAACAGGGGCCAUUACCCGCAAAAGAAGAGCCACUAUAUCCUCUGGAAAAGGUGUUACUUUGAAACAAGUGAAUGGACGGUCAGCGGUUGAUGAAAGUAUCAACGGCCCCGGUGACAGCGGCAACAUUGUAACGAAGCAAAAUGUAACCGAUUUGCCUUCUACAAUGUCAAAGGAAAGGAAGAAACGAAUAAAUGUUCCUAAUGAUAGACAGAGUUGCCACAGGUUGCAGGAGUCCCUGUUGAGCUCUGCCAGUGGUUACAGGAACUACAGAGGAGUCCUCAACUGGUGUGUUGUCAUGCUGGUCUUGAGCAAUGCCCGUCUGUUCUUGGAAAACCUUUUAAAGUAUGGCAUUCUUGUGGACCCAAUACAAGUGGUUUCUCUAUUCAUAAAGGACCCCUACAACAUGCCUGCAGCAUGCCUUGUUAUCGCGUCCAACGUGUUUAUUGUGGCAGCUUUGUACACAGAGAGAAGGCUCUCGGUGGGCUGCUUCAGUGAACGUGUUGGGCUGCUGGUUCAUUCCAUUAACCUGUCGAUCACUCUGUGCUUCCCGGUGGCUAUCGUACUGAUGGUGAAGUCCAUGACUCCAGCGGGUGGAGUGUCUGCUCUGGGAGUGUACACCAUCCUGUUCCUGAAGCUCUACUCCUACAAAGAUGUGAACAAGUGGUGUAGAGAGAUGAGCCAUGCUAAAGCCCGUAGCCUGGCCCGCUCCCUCUCAUGUUCCUCUAUACCGCGGUCUAAGGGAAGUGGAGUGGACUAUCAGGUCUCCUACCCUGGAAAUCUGACCCUCAGAGAUUUAUAUUAUUUUGUUUUUGCACCAACCCUCUGCUAUGAAUUAAACUUCCCCCGGUCUCCACGGAUUCGAAUGAGCUUCCUGCUGAGGAGGCUUUUUGAGAUGCUGUUCUUCACCCAGUUAUUGGUCGGAUUAACACAGCAGUGGAUGAUACCCAUAAUUCAGAGUUCUAUGAAGCCGUUGGAGGAUAUGGACCUCCCAAUGAUGAUGGAGCGUCUACUCAGACUAGCCGUGCCCAAUCAUUUUCUCUGGUUGAUAUUCUUCUACUGGUUCUUCCACUCCUCCUUGAACUUUAUGGCUGAGCUCCUGCAGUUUGGAGACAGAGAGUUUUACAGAGACUGGUGGAACGCUGAGACCAUCACAUACUUUUGGCAAAACUGGAAUAUUCCAGUACACAAGUGGUGCCUUCGCCACUUCUACAAGCCCCUGCUGAAGUGUGGAGUCAGUAAGUGGCUCGGCCAAUCAGCAGUGUUCUUGGCUUCAGCCUUCUUUCAUGAGUACCUGGUCAGUGUUCCACUGAAGAUGUUGAGACCAUGGGCUUUUAUGGGCAUGAUGUCUCAGCUUCCGCUGGCCUGGUUUGUGGCCCGUUUUCUCCAAGGUAACUAUGGCAACGCAGCCGUAUGGAUCUCUCUCAUCAUUGGCCAGCCAAUCGCCGUGCUCAUGUACGUCCACGACUACUAUGUACUUCACUACCGAGACGGGUCAGCAGGGGGUGGACCUGAAUGACCCCCUCAGGGAGAUAUAGAGUACCAGCCUCUACAGACCAGCCUUUUAUAGGAAAGACAAAUAGAGAUAGAAAUGUACUGUACUGUAUGGUACUUUAUGAAAGCACCUGAAAGGGGCAAUCAGCAGUAGCUACAUUAAUUUUUGGAUGUAUAAAUUAAUUAUAUGCACCCAUUGAUUCUUAAAGAAUAUAACUUAUAUAAAUGCCUUAGGAGCUUAGUUCACCAGUCAUACCCCAUCAGAACCUAAAAUAUAAGAUUGUUUUACCAAUGUUUGUAAACAAAGAAAAUGUAAACAAACACUA